AAACGAUCCAGCGCAUACAAGAUCGUUCGUGAAUAGCGGGAACUUGAAUAACGCUGCUGUAUCUCAUAUAAUGGUGAAUUUCUGAAAAAUUUAUAUGAUUGGCUUAAACAGAACUCAUAUAACAUAAUUGUGAAUGCUAUAAAAUCACCAUGAAGUGUAUUGUACCUGGAGCCAAUAUUAAAAUCUUGGCAAGAGCUAUUCAUUGUCUUUCAAAGAUAGGAGAUGAAAUGUAUGUGCACCCUCAAGAGAAGUGCAUAUCCUUCCGCUCUGUCAAUAUGGCAAAUUCUGCUUAUGCAAAUUUUACAUUUCAUGAAAAUUAUUUUUCAUACUAUAUUUUUGGAGAUGAUGAUGAAAAGGACACCCUCAAGUGUAAAAUCUCCAUAAGGAGUAUAAUGGCAGUAUUCAAGACACCAAAUGCACUAGACAAACAAGUGGAAACGUGCCACAUAAAACUGCAACCAAAUGCUUCCAAAUUGAUAUUUAUGUUGAAAUACAAAAACAAUAUUACCAAAACAUAUUUAUUACCUAUAAUAGACUCUGAAAUGAUGGAGGCUGUAUAUAACAAGGAAAGUAUUUCUAACAAGUUGACAUCACACUCAAAGGUGCUUAUAGAUGCAGUACAGAAUUUUCAACAGAACCUCGUAGAACUUACUAUACAGAUCACACCACAAAAAGUAAUUCUGAGAAAUUACAUUGAUGAAACAUGCACAUUGUCAAAGAUUACACGAACCCAUUUGGCAUUAGACUUGAGCGAAUUCGUCAACUACAAUGUAGAAACAGAAACGACCAUUACUUUCUGCAUGAAAGAACUGAGAGCUAUUCUAAAUUUUGCAGAGUCUGUAGGUCUUUCAUUAGGCAUCCAUUUUGAAACAGCUGGACGACCAGUGAUCUUCACUAUAGAAACAACAUCGUUCGAAGCCAAUGUAGUGCUGUCAACAUUAAAUCCUGAUGUGACAUCUGCCAUUGACAAAUCUGCAGGUGGCAAACGGGAGCAAAGUUUACAAAAGAAAGCAGCAAAUAAAAAGUCAUUUAAAAAAUCUGCAAACACAGUUAAUCGUCGCACUAUAAACAAUUCAAAAAUUAGUACUAAAACAGGCAAUGCAACAUCAAACAUACAAAGUGCCUCGAUAAAGGACAAUCAUGAUGUAUCUCUUAUUAAUACUGAUUCAAAUACUUUGGUUAACAUGGGUAAUGGUCAUUCUGAAAACGACCAUGUCAUGCAGAAUAACAGCGAGCGAAUCACCAGGGAAGUUUUUAAUUACAAUGAGAAACCUUCUACCAGCAAAUCCAUAUUACAUAGAGAAUCCAUCGACAGCAGAAAUCUCAUUAAUUCUGUAUUCUCCAAUAUGCCAAAGCGAAAGACGUGCAACGAACGUGUAGAUGUUUCAGAUACAUCUGAUGACGAAGACACUGUACCAAAUUCACCACCCCCGGCAAAGAAAGCUCGGUCCAUCUUUCAGAAAUGCUUUCAAAAGACCUUUGACCCAAAAAUUAUGUUGCCAGGACAUGAUAGGAUCUUAGCAGAAGAUUCAGAUGAGCAUAGUGACUGAUAAUAACAUAAUCCAUCAUUUAUAUCACCUAAAACUUUAUACGAUCACAUGUUAGUUUUUUGUACAUAAUCGAAUAAUAUACAAGCCAAAAUUAGUCUAGGCUAAAGCGUUAAUAAAUUAUAUCUCAAGUUUA